AUGCGCCGCGCGGCGAACGAUCCGAACGGGGACCAGUGGGAGUGGGUCGUCGCCGUCGCGAUCGGGACGAAGCUCGCGUUCAAGGUGGUCACGAUCGACACGGGGGACGCGGUGAAGUGCUGGAGCGCGGGGAGCGACGUCGAGGUGGUCGUCCCGCAGGGGUGCACCGGCGUCGAGGUGACGAUCGACUGGCCGGAGCGGUCGGGACGAGAACAGGCGCCGCUGACGGUGACGCAGCGCGUCGUCGUGGAGAAGCCGCUGCACGAUUAUCGCGUCGAGACCGGGGGGGCGUGGCUGGCGUACGGGAAGGUCGUCGAGGGCGACGGCGACGGCGACGGCGACGGCGACGGCGACGACGACGACGACAACGACGAUUCCGAAAACGAUUCCGAAAACGAUUCCGAAAACGAAACCGACGAGACGCCUAAGAAGCGUCAGCCUCCGCCGCCGCCGCUGCUGCGCGAGGUCCCCGACGACGACGACCCCGCGAGCGUGCGCGUCGUCGUGGACGCGAUCGACGCGGUGGACAUCGACGACGACGGCGCCGCGGAGAGAGACACCGCGGGCGACUUCGUCCGCGCGGAACUCUCCGUCGACCUCUCCGCGGUGGACGACGUCGUCGUCGACGACGACGACGACGCGGAGACCUCUCCGGGCGAUGACGAAGGCGACGCGACCGAGUCCGAGUCCGACCCCGACCCCGAUCCCGCGGGCGGAUACGUCGUCGGAAGUCACAUCGAGGGCAUGAUGGGCGGCAUGCACACCGAGCUCAUCUUCAGCUCGGCGCGUCAGGCGGACGCCGACGUCGGCGUCCGCGUCGGCAUCGUCGAGGAGAACCGACUCGUCGAGCUGUGGCACGAGCGCGCGGCGGUGCCCGGGGAGGGCAUGCGCGUCGGCGACGUGUACUUGGGCGUCGUCGCGAAGGUCAUAAGCGGCAUGCAGGGCGUGUUGGUGGACUGCACGGGGAAAGGGCCGCCGUACUCGUUGAUGCAGAAGGGUGUGGACGAGCCCGCGUUGGCGUGGUGCCGCGCGGCGCCGCCGCCGGAGGACGACUGGGAGGAGUGCGCGGCGGACGACGACGACGACGCGUGCGAGGAUGAUUGGGACGACGACGACGACGAAAACGGCGGCGGCGGCGGCGCGAUCGUCGGGCGAAGGAACGGCGGCAGAUGGGCGGACGCGUGGGCGGACGGCGUGGGCACGAGCGGGUCGUGGGACGGCGGCGACGACGUCGCGGCGACGGCGACCGUGGACGAGUACGAGGAGGACGUCGUCAGGCAUCGCGAGUCGGCGACGGCGAGCGCGGCGGUCGCGACGGCGGCGGAGGCGGAGGAGGAGGAGGAGGAGGAACCGAAGCGCCGGCGGCGGCGACGCUCGCGCGCGUCGAUCGGCGCGUCCUCCUCCACCUCCACCUCCACCUCCUCCUCCGACGAAUCGGGCGCUUCUGAGACGACGUCGCCGCCGCCCCUCGCCAUCGCGGAGGCGGCGUACCCCGAGUACUCGUCGUCCUGGCUGCGCGCCGGCGGCGGCCCCAAAAACCUCGGCGAGCACCUCGGCUGGACGCCGUGGAAAGAACACGUCGAGCGCGAAGGCCGCGACGGCUCGCUCGUCGGCGGAAACAGAGUCACCGAGCACUGGCGCCCCGGGAUGCCCGUCGUCGUGCAAGUCACGCGUCUCGGCGCGGGCCACAAGGGUCCGAGGGUCACCGCGCGCCCCACCUUGCCCGGUCGCAACGUCGUCCUGUGUCCCGACGGCGAGGGCGUCUACGUGAGCCGAAAGCUGAUGGGCCCCGCGCGCGCGUACGUGAAAGCCAUCGGCGGCGCCGUCGCGCCCGUCGACUGCGCGCUCAUCAUGCGCACGGAAGCCGCGGGGGUCACGAAGGACGUCCUCGAGAAGGACAUCACGAGCCUCGCGGACGACUGGGAGGAGGUGCGAACGCGCGCGUCCAGCGCGGUCGCCGCCGCGGGCGCGCAGGGACGAAGCCCCGUCCCGCGGCGACUUCUCGACGCGGCGACGGUGGAGCAGGUGCUCGUGCGCGACCUCUUCGGCGAGCGAAUCGCCGCGCUCACCGUGGACACGGUCGCCGCGUACGACAACAUCGUCGCGGAUCUGCGAAGGACGGGGACGUCGGAGGAGAACAUCGCGCGCGUGAAGCUGCACGCGGGGAGCGAGGACGUGCUGUCCGUUCUCGGCGUCGCGGACGUGGCAGCGAGCGCGACGGAGGAGCGCGUGUCGCUCCGCGACGACUCGCUUCCGGGCGCGCACGUCGUCAUUCAGGCCACGGAGGCGCUCACCGCGGUGGACGUCAACGCGGGGAGGGCGGCGUUCAUCAACGACUCGGACAACGAGUCCGUGGCGCUGCGCGUCAACGUCGCCGCGGCGACCGAGCUCGCCGCGCAGUUGCGGCUGCGCGAUAUCGGCGGGUUGGUCAUGGUCGACUUCAUCGACAUGAGCUCGAGAGCGCAUCGCAAGGAGGUGGAAGCUGCUUUUUUGCGCGCCGCGAAGAGCGAUCGCGCGCAGGUGACGUUCCUCCCGAUCUCGCCGCUCGGCGUCAUGGAAGUCGCGCGCGAGCGGCUGCAAGGGCAGGGCGCGCGCGGCGUCGUCGCGGACGAGAAGGGGAUGCCGAUCGACCCUGACAGGCCCGACGGCGGGCCGCGGCGCAUACGAGGGUCGCGGCCGCCGCCGUGGAAGCGAGGCGGCCGCGAGCGAGGACGCGGCGAGUCGGGCGGCGAGUCGGGCGGCUCGAAUAGCUCGAGCUCGAGCUCGAGCGCGAGUUCGAGUUCCUCGCGCGGCGGGAUGGACGACGGUCGCGGCGGCGGUAACGGCGGCGGGUUCAGACGACGCGACGGAUGGGAAUCGUACCGCGCCGGCGCCGGCGGCGGCGGCGCCGCGAGCGCGAACGAAUACGGAAGCAACCGGUCCGCCGGUCGGAGCGGCGCGCGGUUCACGCCGCGCCGCGUCGAAUGGAAGAGCGGUAACGACCGCGAGGGAGGCGUCGCGAGCGGCGGCGGGCGCGGGCGCGGGGAUUGGGGUAACGACGCGAGCGCGGGGAGCGGGUAUUACAACGCGCGGAGAGCCGCUCGCGGGCCGAGCCGCGGCGGGACGAACCGCGGCGGCGGCGGCGGCGGCGGGGACGGACGCGCGGGCGGUCCCGCUCGCGACGCCGGGGGAUGGGAGCGGUAG